AUGGCUUCUCGACCGCGCCGCUCAGCGGCCAAGAAGGCUUCCGAAGCACUCGUUGACUGGGCCGACAGCGAACGAAGCAGCAAUAUGUCCACCCGCGCUCGCCGCUCAGAGGGUCGCACCUCCGGUGUGUCUCGCGGCCCGCCCUCAUCGCCGGGCAGUGAGCACCUCAACCUUACCGUCAAAGUUCCCGCGAAUAAGCUACGUGAGGCAACCAGCAGAGGCAGGAAUUCCACCGGAAAUAGCAUUUCUGUAAACAGCCGGGGCUCGUUUGGAGGCAGCGAGAUCAUUGCUGGAAAACGCAACCGUGGUCCCAAGAAGAGCUACGUUGUUGAGUCCGACAGUGAGGAGGAAGAGGAUGAGGACGAGGAGAUGGAGGACCCUAACGAUGAGGACGCUGAUGGCGAUGAGGACGACAUGGAUGUCGACGCCGAGGGCGAAGACGAUGCCGAUGGCGACGCUGACAUGGACACCCCUGCGGCUUCCACGAUCAAAAUCUCAUUGCCGAAAGCUGGUAAGGUUACGCCUCGGCGACCGGCGGCGGCGAGAGUCAUCGAGGAUGACGACGACGAUGAGGAGGAGUUGAGUGAGAUUGAAGUCAGUGAUCCGGAGAACACGAUGGACAUGAGCAUCGACGUUGGAGGCGCCGGCGAUGACGACGAUGAGGAGGACGAAGAAGACGAAGAGGAAGACGCUGAGGGCGAAGAAGAUGACGCUGAGGGUGAGGAAGAAGAUGCCGAAGGUGAAGAGGAGGAGAUUGAAGUUGCCGACGAAACUCAGGUCGCAGAUGCCGAGGGUGAGGAAGACAGUGAACUUGGCAGCCGAGAGGGAACACCGGACUUGACUAAGAUGACGAGGAGACAACGUGCUCGUUUCGAGGAAGAGCCUCAGCAGUAUAUGAAGCUCUCGGAUGAGGUUCAAGCAAAGAAGGUCUUCACAGCGGAGGAGCUUUCCAUGAGAAGAGCAGAAAUGGCUCGUCGUCGACGCAACUUGUCUGAGAAGCGCAACGAAGAAGUCAAGAUGGAAACCAUCAACAAGCUUCUAAAGAAGCAGGCACCCAAGACCAAGGGCAAGGGCCAGGCCGCUGGCAACGAUACUCCCAGCAACGAGCCCCCAAAGGCAGAUGUCGCUUUCGUCCGCUGGGUCAACUCCAAGAAGGGCAGCAUCGUUGCCGUGCCGGAGGAGAUGAUCGGCGGACCGGCGGGCAAGGUGUUUGUUCCCGGAGGACUCAAGUCCGGAAAGAUGGUCGAGGAAGUCGCCUAG